AUGAAAAAUCAAUCCUCAAAGGCUUCUUCAUCCUCACAAACCAACAAAGCGACUCUAUAUAACCUGGAAAACAGACAAAGAGCAACAAUUAACGUUCUUCAAGAAAAGAAGAACAACCAAAAUUUGUUCAAAAUUGUUCCAGAUGAUGGAAGUGCUAUUGAUGGUAAUUGCGAAUAUGCCACCAAAGCGGAAUCCUCCCCUAACAGUGCUGGGGGAAUUUCAUUGAAUGAGUUGAAUUUAGUGCUCACGAAUUAUGCAAAUGCAAAGAAAGAAGCAGAGAAAGCUCAAGCGGAAAGGAAAACGCUUCAAAGCGAAAACCAGGAGCUAAAGUCUUUGCUCAGAGAAAUGAAAGAAUAA